UCUUGUCCUCCGGGUUCCCAUCAUUAUAUUUUGUAGUUUCUUAUUUUUGCACUGAUAGGACAUUGUUAUUCGCUUGCAUAGCAAGAAAGAGGAAUAAAAGUGCCGGGAAAGCAGUGUCGUUUGGAAUCUUGAAACUGCGAAAGAAACCGCUGAGGAUCGUUGCUCAGAGACCAGAGGGUCUGAUAUCAGAGGCAGCGCCGCCACAACUCCAUGAUGUACAAGGAAUACAGAUCAAGCCGAGUUGCAGGACUGAACCCCCUGUCCUUUGACCCAUCCUCGAACAACGAGCCCUUGCAAUUCAACAGCUCCAACGGACCACUGGUGACAGAGUGUCCUCUGGAGAACGGAGCCGAAAACAGCAAAAAGAGAAAGAGACCCAGCCUGCCUCCAGAAGGAAUUCGUAACAUGCCCAUGGAUUCCAGCCCCAUGACGAUGCCCAUGUCAGACCCCAACGCCUGGGCCACGGCCAUGAACAACCUGGGAAUGGGUCCCAUAGGAAUGAGCGGACAGCCCCUCAUGUCAGAUUUUGACUCAAGCCUUGGAAUGAUGACGGGCAUUGGGCCCAUGAACCCCAUGAUGCCUGGCCUUGGUUACGUGCCUCCGCCUCCCCUGCCCCAAGAUCUGCCCAUCGUUAAGGAAAUCAUUCACUGCAAGAGCUGCACCCUCUUUCCGCCCAACCCCAACCUUCCCUCUCCGGCCAUCAGGGAGCGUCCUCCCGGCUGUAAGACUGUGUUUGUGGGCGGUCUGCCAGAGAAUGCCACCGAGGCGCUCAUCGUGGAGGUGUUUGGCCAGUGCGGGGACAUCAUCGCUAUUCGCAAGAGCAAAAAGAACUUUUGCCACAUUCGAUUUGCUGAAGAGUUCACUGUGGAUAGAGCCCUCUUCUUGUCUGGCUACCGUAUCCGUCUGGGCUCCAGUACUGACAAGAAGGACACAGGGAGGCUCCAUGUUGACUUUGCCCAGGCUAGAGACGAUCUGUAUGAGUGGGAGUGUCAUCAGCGCAUGCUGGCCCGAGAGGAGAGGCACCGCCGCAGGAUGGAGGAGGACCGUCUCAGACCACCCUCCCCUCCACCCAUCGUCCACUACUCGGAGCAUGAGUGUAGCCAGCUUGGGGACAAGAUCAAAGAUGAGGCAGCAUUUGCAGAGGCAGUGCGUGUGCUGUUAACUUGGGUGGAACGCGGCGAAGUGAACCGCCGUAACGCCAACAACUUCUACUCAAUGAUCCAGUCGUCCAACAGCCACAUCCGCCGGCUGAUGAAUGAGAAGGCUGCCCAUGAGAAAGAGAUGGAGGAGGCCAAAGAAAAGUUCAAGAUCGCCUUGUCUGGAAUCCUGGCACAGUUUGAGCAGAUUGUGUCUGUAUUCCACGCUGCUUCCAAACAAAAGGCAUGGGACCAUUUCUCCAAAGCUCAACGCAAGAACCUGGAUGUGUGGCGCAAGCAAGCAGAGGAGAUCAGGAACAUGCAGAACGAGGAGCUGAUGGGGAUCAGACGAGAGGAGGAGAUGGAGAUGUCCGAUGAUGACAUGGAGGAUACGCGCGACCCUGACGGCAAGGACUGCGAUGACUCAGGCCUUGCUGCCCAGGCGGAAGCCCUGAAGGAAGAGAACGACUCUCUGCGCUGUCAGCUGGACGCCUACAGGAACGAGGUGGAGCUGCUGAAACAGGAGCAGGGCAAGAACCAAGAGCACUUACACCCACAGCACAGUGAAGAGGAUGCCAGUAGGCAGCAACAACUAACCUUUUUACAACAGGCCCUACAAGGCAUGCAAAAGCAACUGCUGAAGAUGCGUGAAGAAAUGAAACAGCGCGAGGUUGAGUUGGAGAAGAGUAUGGAGGACAAACAGCAGUUGGAAAGCCAAGUACAGAGCCUCAAGGAAGGACUGGAGAGUCUGAAGACACAACACAAACUGCCGCUGGAGACCACACCGACAGACGACCGAGGGAGCGAGGAAAAUGCUAAUCAAGUCAAUGAGACGUCAGUGCUAGCAGUGGUAUCUUGCAGUCAGGAGAAGGACAGUUUGCCCCCAGAGAAGAUCCCCUCCAGUCCUGUUCACUCUGAGAGAGAGGCCUUGCUUGUUGGGAUAAUCUCCACUUUCCUCCAUGUUCACCCGUUUGGAGCCAGCAUUGAGUAUAUCUGCUCCUACCUACAGCGACUGGACACUAAGAUAAACACUGGAGAGGUGGAGGCUCUGCUGGCUCGACUGCCUUGUACCUUCAGGCAGGAGCUGACUGGCGUGGGUGCCAGCUUGGAAAAACGUUGGAAGUUCUGCGGCUUUGAGGCCAUUAAGACUAUAUAGAGUCUUACAGAGACGCAGACAACAUUACGGGGACACAGCUGAAACUGCAUAGAGCCCAGGCUGAAUUAUGAGGACACUGUAUUAUGGGGACUGGCACUAGUCUCUGUGAUGUUGCUCACCGGUCCUAUCUAUGGUUAACUGACCUUGAUUUAGUCAGUUGUUAAGUGCUAGUUAUAUUGCAAACAGUUUGUCCCUGGCACAAAUCAGGUUGUGAAACACUGGCAUAAAGCUUCGCUGUUUAUAAGGACAUAUAUUUCAUAAAGCUCUAGCUGCAGAGCAGUGGAGACACUGAAACCUCUCUCUAUGGGUGACAGAAAGGGUGAAUGGUCCACAUCGAGACAGAGACCUCCCAGCACCUUUACACUUCUCUGCUCUGUGCCCGACUCUGCAAAACCCCACGGGAUAGUACACAGCUCAGGGGAUUGGCUGUUUGUACAUUACAUGGGCAUGUUGGGCCACUCUCAGAACCUCUAAUUGGCUAACUCCGCUGUCACUCAGCCAGGAUUUCCUAUCCAAGGAGCUUAUCAGGGUCUGCUGAACACUUUCAACCUCAACCCUUCUGUCCUCUGUCACAUCUCUUUUAUCGUUCUUUGUACAAUUCUAUAAAUAAUUUAAAAAAUUGAUAUAUUUCUUCAUUUUCUGUAAAGGCUGUUAACAGUUGCAUAGAUGUAUUUGUUUUACUACUCUGUAAAUGCUUGGAUGAUAUUUUUAAGUACAUAAAAAUAAAAG